UUGAGAGAGCAACGCAUUGAAUCACUUUGCGUGAGUCAACGUGACAGGUCGGUGUUCUGGUAUAACACAGGGAUGGAUAAGGCAGUCACUCUAAGUUGUGGAGGUCGCAUGCCUCUGGUCGGCCUCGGUUGCUGGGAGUCCCCCCCGGACCAGGUGACGCAGGCGGUGGAGGCGGCGCUGGACGCCGGCUACCGCCACAUCGACACCGCCUACAACUACCUCAACGAGGAGGCCGUCGGCGCCGGCAUCAGGAACUGGCUCGAGAAGACAGGCAAGAGCAGGGGCGAGGUCUUCGUCGUGACCAAGCUGCCCAUGAUCGGCAUGUACGAAGGAGGCGUGGAGAAGUUCCUGAAGAAGUCCCUGGAGAAGCUGAAGCUGGGCUACGUGGACCUCUACCUCGUCCACCUCCCCGUCGGCAUGAAAGGCAAGGAUGACAACGACAUCUUCCCAGUGGUCGAUGGGCAGAUUAACGUGGAUUUUGCGACCGACCUUAUCGCCGUGUGGAGGGAAAUGGAGAAGAUGAAGACGCUGGGGCUGGCGAGGUCCAUCGGCGUCUCCAACUUCUCCGUCAAGCAGCUGAGGAAGAUCUGCGCCGUCGCCAAGGUCCCGCCCUCCGUCCAGCAG